AGGGGGGAGGCAAGGCUCAAGACCCGCCCGGGCCCGGCGCGCCCUCCGCAUGCGCCCGGCCUGCCGCGGACGCCGCGGCGUCUUCCCCUACCCGAACGGCGAGAUCUACGUCGGCCAGUGGGCCGCCGCCGCCGAGGCCGACGGGCCUGCCGAGGGCCCGCCGCAGCGGCAGCCGAGCGCACGCCUGGACGCCCACGCGGCGGGGGGCCUCGCGGCCAACGUGCGGACGAGCCCCCUGCAGCGCCUGGCGCCCAGCCGCACGCCCCCGGCGUCCGAGUCCUGCGGCACCUCCAGCCACCGGCUCAGCAGCCCCGGCGCUGGGGGCCGGCGCGCGGGCGGCCGGGACGCGGGGCAAGCUGGCGGCAAGGCGCUGGGAGGGCUGGGGCCCCGGCAGCUCUCCGGCCGCGCCGCCCCCGUGCGGGAGGGCUGGGGCGUGCACCUGCGCGGCCACGAGAAGUACGAGGGCGAGUGGCGGCGCGACUGCUGGCAUGGCCUGGGCUCCGUGGUCGUGAAAGGCGGCGAGCGGUAUCCCAGCGCCUGCGGCAGGCCCGGCCACCGUGCCAGCGCAUCAGCGCAGCGGCCCAGCAGCGCA